UUCUUUCAUGACGGCAAACGCGGGGGGAACUGAAAGUUUGCAUUUUGGAUCAGAACAAAUAUGUAACGUAGCCUGCAUUAACCUAAGUUUCAAAUGAUAAAAGAAACACCUUUCGAGAUUUGCUGAAACCAACAAGCCGUCAUACGAUUACUUCACCAAAUUACUUUAAAAGUUUGAAUUGGGAACUCGGCAUCUGAUGACUUGGGGAGAGCUGGAUCACUGCUUGAAGGUGGAGUUCACGGGAGCAUGGGGUUUCUCUGAACACAGACGCCUGAACUGAUCAGAAUGGGUAACUCAGAGAGCCAGUACAGUAUUCAGGGAUCAAGGCGCGCUAGCCUUGUCCUUCCCAGGAAACCAAAAACGUGUUCCCUGAAGUUCCGCCCCGCCAAAGAGGACGUACUGUCCCUGCAGGGCUGGUGGAGGGGCGGAGCUGGGGGACCAGCCACCCACCUGCGAGGAGGAGGGAGGGGCUGCCAGUCCUCCUCUACCCAUCCCUGCGACUACAUCAGCGAGGGAAAUGAGACCAGCCCCAACGACAGGCUGCCCCCCGAGACACCUGAGCAAGAGGGCGAAGGCAACGGCCUGCUCCUGCCACCGGAGAACGGCUACCGUUACCAUCACGCCAGCGAGCCGGUCAGCGGGUUUACCGGCCGCGUCGUGAACAGGCGGUGGUCGUCUGGGGCGGGCUACCAUUACCAUGACGGCAGCGAGCCGGCCGACGGAUUGUCCGACCGUGCCCCGAACAGGCAGCGGUCAUCUGGGCUGAAGCUGCCGGGGGAGGGUAAGGGCAGCCCCAAGGUGGUGAUCAGGAAGGACGGAAGCCUCCGGGUGGAGUUCACCAACAUGGACAACGGCGGGGAGGCGGCGGGCGAUUCCGAAGGUCCGGUGCAGCUGCUCCGGUUCUCCCCCGCUGUCGGGCAGCCGGACGACAACCAGUGGCUCCAGACCCCCCGCGGCGCGUCGUCCCCCUCCGACCCCACCCCCCGGACGAGCUCGGCCAGCUCGGACUGCUCCUGGUACGACUGGUCCUACGGGAACGAUGCCGACCCUGCCCUUUCCCCCGGCUCUCCUCCGGCACGUGGGGCCUGCGACCACAAACCGCUCUCCCAGUGCCCGUGUGUCGUCUCCCUCUCGGACCUGUACCGCGACACGGCCUUGGCUGCCACCUUCCCGGCCACUAAGGACCUCUCCGCCCGGUGCCUGGACCCCCGCCGCACCCCCCACCGCGCCUCCUUUGUGUCCGCGCUGGAUGUCACCGCCGAGGAGGAGUGCUCGGGGCCCAGGCAGUACGCCUCCUACACGCUGCCCUGCCGGAAGGCCCGGCCAAGCGUCGAUGCCGGUGUCAAGAAGGAGGACGGCCUGAGGGGACGCAUGCGCCGCUUCAGUGACUGGACGGGAAGCUUGAGCAACAGGAAGAGGAAACAGCAGGAGUGUAGGAGAAAGGAGACCAGCGAGUGCUUCGACAGCGGGGUAGACGGCCUGACGGCUGACACCAGCUCCCCCUCCCAGGCCUCCAGCCUUCUGUGGUGCCCGGGGGCCGCCCAGCAACCCCCGGCCUUCGGCGAAUCGGCCAACGGCCCUCACUGCAACGACGUGCUGCGGCAGAACAUCUACCAGAACUUCAUGCGCGAGCUGAAAACAGGCCGUGGCGGCACCGCCGAGCCACACGAAGCCUCCACCGGCACCGAGGACACAAGCAGCGACUCGCUGGGGUCCCUGGAGCGGCUGGACCAGCGCUUCGAGAAGGAGCAGGGCGUGGUGCGGAAGGCCGGCUGGUUGUCCUUCAAGCCCCUCCUCACCCUGCACAAGGACAGGAAGCUGGAGCUGGUCCCUCGGCGCAAGUGGAAGCAAUACUGGGUAACGCUGAAAGGCUGCACGCUCCUGUUCUACGAGACGUAUGGGAAGAGCUCAGCGGAGCAGGACGUGUCCCCGCGCUACGCCCUGCUGGCCGAGGACAGUGUGGUGCAGUCCGUCCCCGAGCACCCCAAGAAAGAGAACGUCUUCUGCCUCAGCAACUCUUACGGGGACGUUUAUCUGUUCCAGGCAGCCAAUCAGACGGAUCUGGAGAACUGGGUGACGGCAAUCCACUCGGCCAGCGCCUCCAUGCUGGCGAAGCGGCAGGGCAAGGAGGACACGGUGCGGUUGCUAGGCAGCCAGACACGUAGCCUGCUGCAGAAGAUCGACAUGGACGGCAAGAUGAAGAAAAUGGCCGAGCUGCAGCUAUCCAUUGUCAGCGACCCCAAGAACAGGAAGGCCAUCGAGAGCCAGAUCCAGCAGUGGGAGCAGAACCUGGAGAAGUUUAACAUGGACCUGUUUCGCUUGCGCUGCUACCUGGCUAGCCUGCAGGGCUGUGAGCAGCCCAAUCCCAAGAGCCUUCUGGCCACCGCCAGCCGGCCCUCCAAGGUCACCCUCGCCCGCCUGGGAGUCUUCUCUGUCUCCUCCUUCCAUGCCCUGAUCUGUUCCCGAAACGAGGCCAGGCUGAAGAAGCAGUCUCUCUCCUCGCUCCCCCAGCAACACUCCGCCAAAAGGCGGCUCUUCUCUUCGCUCAAAGGCCUCGACAGCCUCGCCAGAAAGGGCCAGGAGUCCAGGCCUUCUUUCUCACAGGUCUUUGAUGGAGGUUGUGAGGGACAGCUAAGCCCACUUCCUCCUUGCAGCUCUGAGCGGCUGGAUGGUUUGGCUAAUCUUUACGCUGCAGCUUUGUGUAAAGGAAGCCACUGGGACAGGUGCCCAGAGACUUCAUGCUGCGUUUAUCUGCCGGACCACAAAGCCGUCACUGUGCCCGUAACGAGCGACUUAAUGGUAGUGGACCUGCUGACCUUGGUGUGUAAGAUGAGGCAGCUCGACCCCCGCCUACACGCCCUGCGACUGCGCAGUUGCGUGGGACAGAACGUGGAGGUCGUCACACCCUCCCCCAAUGAGCUCAUUCAGGACCUGACGUAUGACAGUUUGGAGCUCUUCCCCCUUGAGGUGUACACCCUGCAGCUUUCACGCCCCAAUGACACCUCAGACUUUGGGUUUGCUGUGACGGGGCAUGUAGACGGCUGUGGGCACAGCCACAUCUUCGUGAGCGAGAUUCUUCCAGAUGGACUGGCUUUCAGUGAAGGACUGAGGUCACGGGAUGAGAUCCUGGUGGUGAAUGGGAGGACCGUGUCCGUCCUCGACCUGGGACAGAUCCAGCCGCUUUUCAGCGAGCAGACCCUGGAUCUGACACUCAAACGGGACACUUACUUUGCCUCGCCCAACUCUGAACUCCAGGACCCCAGCUCCCCCGUCCCAUUCUCCAGCCAGGCCCAGCUUCCGGAGGACCUCACGGACUGUCACAGUGGGACCCAUGGAGAUGUGUUGAGAGCAGCAGACACCCACAGUGGUUGUGUAGGAUCCGGUCUGGAGAAUGGUCCACUGCAGCCUUACAGUACCCGUCAGAGCGAACAUAACUACAACGGAAAGAGCAUGGAGACGGCACGUACAGUGUACCACGCCUUCCAGGAGGGCUCCGGGGGCCUGACAGAGGGCCUAAAAGAUCCUGCCGGGCCAGAACCCGGCCCGCUGCGCCCCUGCCCCCGACACCUGUCCGCCACCGAGCGCCUGCGCAAAGUCGUCCAGGAGCUGCUGGACACAGAGAAGUCCUACGUGAAGGACCUGAGCUGCCUGUUUGAGACGUACCUGAAGCCCCUGGAGAACGAAACCUUCCUCACGAAGGAUGAGAUGGAGAGUCUGUUCGGAAGCCUGCCGGAAAUGCUGUUCUUCCAGAGGGUGUUCCUGCAGACCCUGGAGGAGAGAAUCACCUCGCCUCCGGACCUCAGCACCCUGGAGAGCCCUGUGCAUUUCAAGAAACUUCUCUUCUCCUUGGGCGGCUCCUUCCUGUACUACGCCGACCACUUCAAGCUCUACAGUGGUUUCUGCGCCAACCACAUUAAGGUCCAGAAAGUUCUGGAGAGAGCCAAGACCGAUCAGGCUUUCAAGGAGUUCCUGGAUGCCAAGAAUCCAACAAAGCAGCACUCGUCCACCCUGGAAUCUUACCUGAUUAAGCCGGUACAGAGAGUGCUGAAGUACCCGCUGCUCUUGAGAGAGCUGGUGUCUCUGACUGAUAUGGACAGUGAAGAGCACUACCACCUCACAGAGGCUCUGAAGGCCAUGGAGAAGGUGGCCAGCGACAUCAACGAGAUGCAGAAGAUCUACGAGGACUACGGCACGGUUUUCGACCAGCUGGUGGCGGAACAGACCGGGGCAGAGAAGGAGGUGGCAGAAAUCUCCAUGGGGGAGUUCCUCAUGCAGUCCUGUGUCGCGUGGUUGAACCCCUUCCCCUCCCUCGGUCGUAUGAGGAAGGACCCAGAGCUGACCGUGUUCGUCUUCAAGAGAGCUGUGAUACUCGUGUGUCGAGAGAGCAACAAACUGAAGAAAAAGAUGACCUCCACACGCUCCGCACACACCCACGGGGACUUGGACCCCAUUAAAUUCCGGUGGAUGAUCCCCCUGUCGGCACUGCAGGUCCGACUGGGCAACACAGCAGGGAGAGAACCAAACUGCAUCUGGGAGCUGAUCCACACUAAAUCGGAGCUGGAGGGACGACCGGAGACCGUAUUCCAGCUCUGCAGCAGUGUCCCGGAGUGCAAGGCCGGCACGGUGAAGGUGAUCCGGUCCAUCGUGCGGGAGAACACGCGGCGGAACUCGCGCUGGGAGGGCGAGAGGGUCUGCAAGGAGCGGCUCACCCCCCUGAGGAGUGGCAUGCCCACGUCCGCCAGGAUAGGUUCCUCCAGAGCCUCCUGGCGGUGCAGCCAGCCGACCAUCGAUAUCACCACCCCGCCAGUAGCCCCGCUCAGGGGGCCCCCAGACUCCCACGAGGGCGGACAGGGCGACCCCAACCCGGGCGGGAGACCCAGGGGCAACGACCCCGAGCCCGGCAACGACCCCGAGCCCGGCAACGACCCUGAGCCCGGCAACGACCCCGAGCCCGGCAACGACCCCGAGCCCCGCGACGACGGCGAAUUAGAGUCCCCGACCGCCGCCGUGGAGACGGACUUUCAGAGGCUGAGUUUGGCGGAGGAGGCCGGGCUGAGGGCGCCGCACGUGUUGCCCGAGACCACCGAGCUGGACCCGGACACCCCCGAGAGGGAGCCCAGACUGGUGCGCGGGCACUUCUGCCCCGUGAAGAGGAGGGGCAGCGGCGUGCGGCGCAGCCAGGGGGCGCUGCUGAGCAUGAGGGAGCACUCGCGCUCGCUGGACAGCCAAGCGGACGCCUCCGUGUCCACCGCCGCCGUCGUGGACCUCAACGCCCUGCUGGAGCGCGAGUUCAGCGUGCAGAGCCUGGCCUCGGCCGUCAACGAGGACUGCUUCUACGAGAUGGCGGACGGGCUGGGGUCCAACGCCGCCAUCCCCACCCUGUAGGGUCUACAGGGGUCCGCCCCUGAGAAAGCUCCACCCGUCUGUCGCUUACCCUUCCGGGCUGUGGGAAAACCAGCGCUGCUCCUCUGUGUCCACCGACCGUGCAAGCCAGGUGUGUCCGAUCUCAUCCCAAAAGACUCAGUGUCACUGCAGGUUUUUGCUCAAGACACCUGGUACUUGUUAUGGACCUGAUUGAAGACUAUGAUGAGUUGGGACUCGUUCCAACUACUUAUUCUUCCACCUGUUUUUUUAUUUUCCUUGCUCCUUUUCCUGCUCUUAUCUCCUCCACCCAUCGGUAGUGGCAAGAAAAAUCUAGAAAUCGUGAAUGUCCUUGCUCCUUCAAAAGUCAUGGGGAGAGGUGAUCAUUUCUACGUCACACUUUCCCAAAGAAUACUUCUCUAAAGGAUGCGCUUAUGUUUCCUUGCUCAAAGGAAAUUCAGGAGUUCUCCAACAUUUAUUUGGUUGGAAUGUCCUUAAAGAUUGCAGACCUAGAUCAGUUUCCGGGUCAGGAGCAAGGAAAAGAAAAAUAAGUGAAAAAUUAGCAAAAAUUGGAAUGAGCUUGUAGUAGAAGCAGUUGUAGUGAAAACGAAGUGAAAACAACAACCUGCACCCACACAGGCCCUUUUUGGAUAAGAUUAAAUACCCCCGGUGUGAGCAAUCUGCACAUUAGCAGAUCUGUGUAACACGGUGGUCCUGUGAGUGUGUGUCUGUUGGAAUUGGAGUGGCCAUGAAUCUGCCUUGCUGUAUCUUGUGCACUACGUACACGAUUCGCCUGCAUUUUUCUUUUUCUUUUUCUUUUUAAACGUUUUUUUUUUUUACUUGGAACAGCCAAGUUUUUUUUAUUAUUGUUCUAAAUUAUUUUUUAUUUAUUGAUAGGUUUCUAUUUUUUUAAAUUUAAAACAGUAGGAGGAAAGCAGCUGUUGAAUUACGACUUGAAAUCCUUAGUCACCCCUCUACACUGACUGGAGAUUGAAUCUGGGAAAGAAUGCUUACUGGAAAAUUGUUUUGUUAAACUAAACAAAAUGAAUGAAAUUGAAAUUGAAUAUAAGGAAAACCUUUUUCUUCUGAUCUUCACCAGUAUGUAGCUUUGUUUAGGCAUCGCUUAAUUACCCUCAUUUAAGGUACCAAGUUACUGUGGAAAUAGGUUAUUGAAGCAGCAAUUCCUCAAGUAUUUUUUUCUUGUGCAUGCUGUAUGCAGUUGGCUACAAGAAAUAAGUCUUAUCUUCAAAACCAAUCCAGUCCCUUACAUAAAUGUUUCAUGUCAUACUGUGUUCAAUGAGUCAUGCUUUCAUAAUCACAGAUUAAUGCUGAAGACAAGCAAAUUCCCCAUUGCUCUUUCACAGAAAGGUUUAAAUCCUAAAUAUACCUUACUUUUAACAAGUGCUCCACAAUACAAUGUGUUUUGACACAAUUUUGUGCAGACCAAAAUAUCAAUAUGUAUUCAUACUUGUUAAUGGAAUGAUCUGCCCAAACUGUUUGUGGAAUAAUACAUUCUAUUGAUGUAAAUGUUAAAUGAACCUGCAGACAUCUGUGUAAAUUGUGAAGAGAUUAAUUUAAUCAUUCUAAAUUAAUGAGAAUCUAAAAACAUUGACAUGAAUUUAACUGUUGGCUUAACAGCAUUAGAAAUAUGCCAUAAUAUUGUAUCAUUUUAUAAUUUAGCGAUUUCAUCGCUAAUAAAACGCUAGCAUUUUUGUUUCACCAUCUAGAAUUUUCCUUGAAAUUUGUGAAAAUAACUUCUUGCCCUUCGUAAUUCACAAUUGAGUUUAUACAACAAGAAAAAAAAUUCUGUACUGUAUUUUCCCAGAAUGAAUCAUGCUACUUGAAUGUCUUACGUUCUUACGUGUAUGUGACACUGAACAGCAAAAUGUAAUGUGCAAUAAAUUACUGUUGUAUUAGUUGGUGGAUGUUUCUGAACUUCACCACACAUUAUUAUAACUGCAUUGUACAGUGCACAGCCAAAUGGAGUCAAUUCCAGCUUGCUGUUCUGUGAUCCUGCUAAAAUUUGUUAUAAACACUCAUAAAAAAAAAUUCACAAUUUGAAUUUGCUUUUGAAAUACUGUUUUAAUAAUAAAAAUGUUGAUAUGGA